AUCACACUAAACAACAGUACAAUGGAGAAAAUAGCAGUAUUUUAUAUAAUCUUAGUUUCCGGUUUAAUUUCCUUAAUUGCUGCCGCUCCCACACCUCAAACGGACAAUGAUGACACUAAUUUCGAUGUCUUACCCAAUGUUAUGAAUCAAAGUGUUGACUAUAAUGCUGUAAUGGGACAUUUUAAGGAUUUCUUUAUGUAUUUGCCCGUAAUGUUUACUUCUUUCCGUGAGACUAUGUCGGGUUUUCCUAAGUUAGCUGAAGGUUUGAGAAUUUUAACUAAUCCUUCAUUUGAUAAGAUAUAUGAUGAGGAUGAUGAUUGCAAGUGUAAAACAAAAUCACGACUAAAUAGUAAUGAAAUUGAUAAAUCGGGUAAUUUAUUUAGUUAGAUAGAGAAUCGGAAAAAGAAUGGAUUUAAGUUGUUUUCUUUCGGGAAUUCUGGUCCAUUGCUGUAAAUAAAGAUUUAUUAGAAUUGUUA